GAAAUGUCAAGCCAAAAUGACAGCAUCAGAGUAACUGAAUUUAUUCUCCUUGGACUCACAGAUCGUCCUGACCUACAACAUAUCCUGUUUGUGGUUUUCCUUGGAAUCUACAUUCUCACUCUAUUAGGAAACCUUGGGAUGAUUGUGUUGAUCAAACUUGAGCCCCGCCUUCAUACUCCCAUGUACUUUUUUCUUACUAACUUGGCUUUUGUAGACAUGUGCUAUUCCUCCAACGCAACCCCCCAGAUGCUGGCUAAUUUCUUAUCUGAAAGGAAGACCAUUUCCUUUGCUGGUUGCUUUGUGCAGUGUUACAUUUUCAUUGCUUUGCUGCUCACUGAGAUUUACAUGUUGGCAGCCAUGGCCUAUGACCGCUAUGUUGCCAUCUGCAGCCCACUACACUAUAGUGUGAAGAUGUCCAGGAGAGUCUGCAUCUGCCUGGCUACCUUCCCCUAUGUCUAUGGCUUCUCUGAUGGUCUUCUCCAGUCCAUCCUGACAUUCCGCUUGUCCUUCUGUAGAUCCAAUGUCAUUAACCACUUCUACUGUGCUGAUCCCCCUCUCAUCAAACUGUCCUGUUCUGAUACCUAUGUCAAAGAACAUGCCAUGCUCAUCUCAGCUAGUUUCAAUCUCUCCACCUCACUUGCCAUCAUUCUCAUUUCUUACAUCUUCAUCCUGGCAGCCAUUCUCCACAUUCGUUCUGCUGAGGGAAGAAGGAAGGCCUUCUCCACCUGUGGUUCUCACAUGAUGGCUGUUACUUUGUUUUAUGGGACUCUCUUCUGCAUGUAUGUGAGACCACCCACUGAUAAAAGUGUUGAGGAAUCCAAAAUCAUAGCUGUGUUCUAUACUUUUGUGAGUCCUGUGCUGAACCCACUCAUCUAUAGUCUGAGAAACAGAGAUGUGAAAGCAGCUUUGAGGAAUGUGCUCAGGAAGAAUCCACUGAAGAAGAUGGUUUCAAAUGUAUCAUAG